AUGUCCGGCACGUGGUUGAAAUGGCUUGCUGUCUUCACCGGCUGGCAGUGCCACACUGCCGUAUUCCAGGAGUUCGCGAAGGAGGCAGAGGCUCUCGAGGCCCUCAAGAAAGACAAGGCCUUGGCGUCGAAGGUUGAGAAUGCGGAAGUGUCACAGCUCAUUCGAAAUGGGUGGUGGCUGCUCUGCCGCGAGCUCGUCCUGACCUCGCACGGCCUCGCUGGCUUCGGCAGCCUGGAGAAAGCUGUGCGCCAAGAAGUGACGCAGCUCAAACUGAAUGCAGAUGACCUCCUUCUCUCAUUGAGUCCGCAAGACGACAGUCGUAUCGGAGUGGUCCGCUGUGCGACGCAGUGGGCACAGAACAGCUCGGCCAUCUUCCUCAGCAUCAAGUUUGCCCAUCGUUGGUCCUCACCUGGUGCAUUGAAGGUCCAGGACGAAAAGAUUGAGGUGUCCCCAUGCUGCUUCAACUUCACGGCUUCGGGAGAUCACUCCCAGCUCAAGAAGCGCUACGCGCUGGACUUGGCUUUUUACGGAGAGGUCGAUCCGGAUCACUGGUCAUGGCAGCUUGCGUCAGCGGGUCGAAUGACUACUGAGAUUCGCAAGCGAACAAGAGCGAAUUGGCCAAGACUGCUUGAAUCCAAAAGCAAGCCAGGCAACCUGCAGCAAUGGGAUUCCAUGCAGGAACGUUGGAAAAGCGAGCUGAAGGAGUUUGAUCGGCAGCAUAAGGCCGCUGCCAAAGACGCGGAGAGCACUGAAGGGGUCGAGGCCGCAGAGGAAGAAAUCCACUCCACCGGCAGGAAGAAAUGCGUUGAUAGUCGUGCUUCCCCCUUCUCAAGCGCUGGCCUCGUUACGAGGCUGUGUGAGGCUUAUUGGCCGGUGAGGAUGGAGACAAAAAAGAAGGGCAAAUCCUCCACCUGGUUGGUGCUCUUCCACUCUCCGUCGGAGAUGAAGUGCUACGACCGCGGUGAUGAGUGCCAACGAGUUAAAGAUCGCUGGGAAGCAGUCGGCCGAAAGGUGGAGCAGGUCAGUGAGGCUUUGGUCGGUGCUGUGGACUGCGAUCGGCAUGCAGACCUCUGCCAAAAGGAGAAGGUGGGGACAUUGCCAUUCGUUCGACGUUAUCGCAACGGCAAGAAGAAGACAUACUACGGAGAGUGGGACAUCGACUCGAUCAUGAAGAUUGUCGCGGAUUGA